UCCUACAAACAACGGCUCACCUACUCCCUCUCAACCUUGUCGUCGUGAUUCGUGCGCCCCCUAAAUUGCGAAAACCUGAGAACUUUCAAAAAUCGCUGCUUUUCAAAACGCUAAUCGGACUCGUUGUUCGGUUUAAGGUAUUGUGACUGUUUCCUUCUUCCAAUCCUCUCUGCCAAUCCAUGGAGUUCAAGUAUCGCGCAGUGGAUGAUCGUUUGCCGACCUAUUACUUCGCUUCUUCGCUCUUCGGUACCUUACCUGAUCAGGCACUACGAGCCGGUUAUCCGAACAUACCUGACCCAAUUUUGCGGCCUACCUAUGUCCACGAAGCGAUGCAGCGGGAGAUCGAAAAACAGCGGAUCCGGCAAGAGAUAAUUGCGGCAGAACAGCGGCGUUUUGUCCUUGAAGCGGAGGUGAGGAGGGAGCUGAUGAUGGAGAGAGAGAUAGCGUGGAGAAAGGCAGAGGCAGAGGGAAGGCCGUUGUUCGAGGAAAAUCUGACAAUGCACCUUGAGCGGACGCUUCCUUUCACGACCCAAUAUGGAGACGGAUUUUUGGUUGAUGAAAGGAUGGCCUUGGCACGCAGCAGCGUGUUCGACUUGCGGCCGUUGCAACAGUUACCGGAGCCCACGGCUGUGGUUCAUGAAAUCAACUCUGCUUCAAUGGUUAACAAGGAUAAAUUGAUCAUGCUGGCUAAACCUGAUCAAAAUCUGGCCGGAACAAAGAGGAAGGCUGUGACACCACCUGUAGCAGGUGCUGGUGACUUUCCUUUCGCUGGUUUGGGGAAGAAACCCAAGGAGGAGUUGAGUUGCGCGCUUUGUCAGGUUAGUGCAACAAGUGAAAAGGGUUUGAAUGAUCAUCUUCAAGGCAAGAAGCACAAGGCCAAGGAAGCAACAUUGAUCAAGCGCAAUGUUGGAGCAACACUUGGAGCUCAGAAGACGGGAAAGAAAUCCAGUACCUCAUCAAUGCCAAAAGGAACUGAAAAGCCUUCCAAGCUUAAAGAGACUGGUGAAAAAGCUCAAGUGGAACUGCUUCAUCAAAUUAAAAUUGAUCAUCCAGUAAAGGAAGCAGUUAAAACAAAAAAGAAAAAUACAAAUGCUAAAGCUUCAAAGAGGAAUAAUGUAGCAGCAAAGGAGCAGAUAGAGGAGACGGGAGAACUAAGAAAGAAAAAGUUUAAGUUUUGGUGUGGUAUUUGCCAAAUUGGUGCUCACUCUGGGAAGGUGAUGGGCGACCAUAAAACUGGGAAGAAGCACAUGACUCGGCUACUGGAACUUAGCGGAAAUACUGUAGCUGCUCCGAUCAGGACAACUGUGGCAUCUUCUGAGCCGAGUCAGAAGGCGACCAAUGCAUACUUGGUGACUGAAGAAACGAAUGAAAAAACCCUUAAAGAUGUAUCUGCGGGUUCAAAUGGAUCAGGAACAUCUUCUUUGGAGAGUUAAUUAUCAAGAAAAAAAAGGCAUUCAGAAUUGUAAACGGUACCGCUUCCUGCUUGAGAGGUGACUUGGAGUAGCAGAUUUCAGUAAACUAAUUAGUGUUGUGUACAAGAUUUCACAUUUUAACUGCUACAUGAAACUUGAGUUUUACA